AUGUUUCUUAUAAGCUGCAGCCAGGUAGCCCUUUGUAAUUACUACAUGAAUAAUAAUUGCUACAUCUGUCUCUUCAUUUUCAUCAAUUUUCUGCCUGUCUUUGCUCAUCAAACCAAUGUCACACCUCCCCUUUCGUUCACCAUACCUCAGUUCAACCCUGAUACAGAGAACAUACUCUAUGAAGGUGAUGCCACGCCUUCCUUGGGCAGGGUAGAACUCAAUACAGUCUCCCAAUUGUUCCGCGUAGGGCGGUGUUCCUAUUCGCAACCUUUGCACCUAUGGGACUCUGCUACCGGUUCACUAGCAGAUUUCACAACCCAUUUCACUUUCAUGGUUGACACUCAUAACAAUAGCAAAUUCAGUGAUGGGUUUGCCUUUUUCCUUUCUCCUGUUGGCUAUCCAAUUCCACCUAACUCUGCUGGUGGUAAUCUAGGAUUGUUCAACAGCAGCACUAAUUUUGCAGUGUCCAAAAACCAAAUUGUAGCAGUUGAGUUUGAUUCCUACACAAAUAUUGAGUGGGAUCCAAGUGGACCUCAUGUUGGGAUCAAUGUAAACAAAAUCUCCUCAAUUGUUAACACCAGUUGGGUUUUUAGCAGCAACAAAAAGAAGGUGGCUAAUGCAUGGAUAACUUAUAAUGCUACCACAAACUACCUCAGUGUGUUUUGGACAUACCAGGAAAACCCAAAUCCUGCUUUUAUUGACAGUCCUUUUUCGCUUUCUCACCGUGUUGACUUAAGAGAGGUUCUCCCCGAAUGGGUUACUAUUGGUUUUUCAGCUGCUACUGGAAAAGCCCCCGAGCGGCAUGUUAUAAAUUCUUGGGAAUUCAAAGCACAUUUGGAUUCUGGUGAGAUACGAAACAAACAAAAGGAUACGAAAAUGAAGAAGAAAUAUUUGAUAGGAGGAAUUGCUGCUUUUACUUUGUUAAUUUUGAUGCUUGGUGUGGCCUUGUGUAGGUUGGUUGUAAAGAAGCGAACAGUCAGGAUUGGUGGACAUGAAAAUUACUCCAAGGAUGUGACCUCCAUAAAUAAGGAUCUUGAGAGACGAGCAUUCCCUAAACGAUUUUCUUAUAAGGAAUUAGUUGCAGCCACCAAUGGCUUUGCAAACACUGGAAGGCUAGGCCAAGGAGGGUCAGGACAUGUUUAUAAAGGAAUCUUACAGGAUCUAGGCUGUGCAAUUGCUGUGAAGAAAAUAUUUGCAAAAUCUGAUUACUAUGAGAAAAUCUUCAUCAAUGAAGUCAAAAUUAUAAGCCGCUUAAUACAUAGAAACCUGGUGCAAUUUAUUGGAUGGUGUCAUGAGGAAGGCGAAUGCUUACUUGUUUAUGCAUACAUGCCUAACAGCAGCCUCGACACACAUCUAUUCGGAUGUAAAACAAGCCUGCAAUGGAAGUUCAGGUAUAAGAUAGCUUUAGGCUUGGCCUCUGCCCUUCAUUAUCUACAUGAAGAUGCAGAGCAAUGUGUUCUUCAUAGGGAUAUCAAAUCAGCUAACAUAUUGUUGGACGAAGACUUCAGCACUAAGCUCGGUGAUUUUGGGAUUGCAAAGCUUGUUGAUCCAUGGUCCAGGACUCAAACAAUAGGGGCGGUAGGGACUUUUGGAUACAUAGCCCCAGAAUAUGCAAAUGGAGGAAGGGCCAGUAAAGAAUGUGACAUGUUUAGUUUUGGAGUUGUGGCCUUGGAAAUUGCUUGUGGAAGGAGGACUUACCAGGAUGGAGAAUUUCACGUGCCACUUGUCAGUUGGGUUUGGCAACUGUACCUUGCAGGUAAUCUUCUCUAUGCAGCUGAUGAGAGAUUGGAUAACAUUUUUGAUAAAAAUGAAAUGGAAUGCUUGUUAAUGGUGGGAUUAUGGUGCACUCAUCCCAACAGCAAGGGAAGGCCAAGAGCUGGAAAAGUCAUGAAGGUUCUUCAGCUUGAAGAACAAUUGCCGGAACUUCCACAUGACAUGCAUGAACUUGAGCAUCAUCUGUCUCAUCAUGAUCUCAUAUGA